ACGGAGAAGGGAUGUGACACGAGCCCAGCCCCAGCUGCCCAACAAGCUCAUCACACGUGGGCUCAGGCAACAAGGGGUCCCAGAGAAGCUUCCACCAGGAGAUAGAUCUGCUCUUCUUUUGUGAGAACAUCAUCAGGGUCGACCUGCCAAGACAAAACCAAAGUGAUGACACUGUCGCCUCUGCAUGACUUGGCUCAGGCCAACAGUGUGAGACAGCAGCUCAGCUCAGGUCUCUUCUUCAUGCUAACGAUUUAGAGAUUAAUCCUCCCUGGGACACCUCGCCCCACCCUGGUGAUCUCCGUGUCCCCAGAGAGCUGCCACCGCCUGCUCGGUGACGUGAGCCACCCACGGCCGGGACCCAGGAUCUGGGAGUGAAGCUGCCCUGUCCCAGCAGCACCCCGAAGGUGGCUGAUGAGACACCCACAAACGCUUCCUGACUCGGGGCAGGACCCACGUCGCUUCUGCUGCCACAAAACACCCCGGUGCUCCCUGCCACCAACCCCUGAAGCCACCCAGCUAAUUAACACCAAGUCCAAAAUCACAAGGGGCUCAAGGGCCAUUACGGGAACAUCAUCUCGUGACGUGGAAACAACGCUUUGCUGAACCCCAGCAUCGUAGCAUCAAGCAGGACCAUCCUUGGGGCAAGAAAUGAGAGUCAAAGCCGGUGUGAGAGGGAAGACAGGAUCCCGCGUGGAAAAUGGAUGUGCUGGUAUGCAAAGAUAACGGAGCAGCCAUGGCAUGGCCGUGCUCUCCCAACGCUCCCCAGGCGAGUCAGGUUUGUGUGGCUUUGGGUAUAGAUGCAAACGACACAGGGAAGAGAAAAGCGCUGCCCGCCUUCCUGCUCUUGUUUUUCCCUCUUGCAAGGCUGAGGCUGACCAAGAGCCCCCCUUCCACCCUGUCCGUGGAGAAAUGUUCAUGUUUCUGUGCUGGAAAUCAGUGGCACGUUGGGCUUUCGCCCUGGCUCCCUCUCACCCACCCCACCAGCGGCACUGGAUGUCCCUGUUGCCCAAAAUGAGCCCUUCAGAGCCGGGUCUGGCAGCCCCUGGUUGAAGUGGCCGGCCGGGGCUCUGCAAACAAGCGGGUGCCCAGCACCGGGAGCAGCGCGAUGCACGUGGGUGCAGCCUGCGGCGUCUGCAGCCUCCCAGUUGCACUACACGUGCAAAUGUCUUUUGAGACAUUUUGGGCUGAGAUGCUCGAAGGAAUUUAGAGCCGGGAUGAGGAAACAGUUUUGGAAGUGAAAAGGAGCCGGGAUGCGGGAGGUUCGCUUUGGCUCCCGGACUGCCCACAGUUCUUCAAACAGUUGGGAGAGGAGGGUGAGUGCAAGAGCAUCUCCCACCAGAGCCUGCCCAGCGCCUGGAGAGGAGCUGAAAGGAGACCCCAUCACCCACUCUGCCCCACAGGUUUUGGGGGUGCAUGGGACAAGUGGUGCAGGGCUGUGAAAGAUCCUGAGCUGAUGAAUUAAAUGCCUGGCUUUAGCCAUCAUUUGCAUUACCCUCAUUAACCAUUCUGACGGAGGUGAGCACAGCUUCCCGCCUGCAGCGUGGCCUUUUCCAGGGCACAAGCUCAGCCCUGGGGAGAGAUUGGGGCAAACCAGACCCUCAGCACGAAGCUGGGGGGAUCGUUCAGAGAGGACUGAGCUCCUUUGAAGCAGCACUUCAUAAAUCCCAGUCUUAAAAAGGGCUCUGCAGUGUUUGCCCUUGCAGGCCUGCCUAAAAACAGACACGCUUUUCCCGUGGGUAUCGCAGCAGGUUUAUCAGCCAUCAUGUUGCUAUUUUCUUGCCAGGCACCCAGAGCCAUUCGCGUUUAGGUUUUCAGUGAUCAUUUAGCAAGCAGCCCCCAUGCAGCCCACCCGGUGCAGGUGCUGGAGGGGGAGACGUCCCCCCUUUUGUGGCUGGAGGGGGGGGCGGCUGGUGGCUUCGCUGUGCCGGGAGCUGAUGACAAUGGGCAAUUGUCAAGUUGGGGCCCCUCUCGUUUGAGUUUUCUUCCUUUUAUAGUAAGUAGCAGUUGCUCCAGCAGCUGGCCUGCCCCUCCGGGGUGAGGACAGGGCUCUGUAUAUAAGGGAAGGAGCAGACUUUGCCUUUCAUCCCCCCGUUCGGUUGCUUCGCUGGGUGGCAGGACUCAUUCCUGCACCUUUGCACAGACCCAGUGCGAUGCCGCUCAAGAAACCCGACCCGAAGAAGGAAGCAGCCAAACUGGCUCCAGCCCCAGAGCCACCCAGAGAGCCUGCCUUCGAUCCCAAGAGUGUGAAGAUUGAAUUCACUGCAGAGCAGAUUGAAGAGUUCAAAGAAGCCUUCAGCCUGUUCGACCGCACGCCCACGGGAGCCAUGCAGAUCACCUACGCGCAGUGUGGGGAUGUCCUACGGGCGCUUGGUCACAACCCCACCAACGCAGAGGUCCUGAAAGUGCUGGGCAAGCCCAAACCAGAAGAAAUGAACACAAAGAUGCUGGAGUUCGAGACCUUCCUCCCCAUCCUGCAGCACUUCACCCGCAACAAGGAGCAGGGCACCUUCGAGGACUUUGUGGAAGGGCUGCGUGUCUUUGACAAGGAGGGCAACGGCAUGGUGAUGGGGGCUGAGCUGCGCCAUGUGCUGGUCACACUGGGGGAGAAGAUGACAGAAAGCGAGGUGGAGCAGCUCAUGGCAGGGCAAGAAGAUGCCAAUGGCUGUAUCAACUAUGAAGCUUUUGUCAAGCACAUCAUGUCUGGCUGAAAGAAGAAAGAGCAGGCUCUUGGAAAUGUUUGAACCCACCUGAGCCCCAUGAACAGUGAGAUUCCUCCAUCCACCCUUCCUCCCUGGAUGUCACACACCUGCAGAGAUGUUUCAUAUGAGCCACCAUCAAGAGUUGUCCUCCACAUGUGUGUGCCUAAGCCUGGGUAUACAAUGAGACAUCUGUAACUUGGUUUUAAACCUUAGGUUAUUCUUUUCAGGUUUUUCCUGCGACAUUUCGCUCAUUAAAUUUCAUUCC